AUGACAUGUUCCGCAGCUGAAAAGCGUCAGAUCUUCCUCGCAUGCAAGGCAAUCUUCACGGGUCCCAAUACUUUGCCCAAAAAGCCAAAGACCAUACAGAAGCGCAUUACGAAGCACCAAGCUGCACUUAAUACGUCAAUCCCGAACUUUGAGGUCAACAGGGUCACAAAUAUCGUUAGGUGCCUCUUAAAAGAGCAAGUGUUCCAAUCAGAUAUUAAAGCUAAGACAAAAUUUCCCGAUCUAUUUACUCCGUCUCCUGCCAAGAAGGUCAAAUGCAAUGCCUUUGAAGCCGAGGCAGCCCGUUCAGCAGCAGGUAUACUUGAAGAAAUUACAUUUUCUCACCAUGAAGACAGUGAGAGGACACGGGUUCCCCCAGUGCUGCUGCCUGCUGAGUUACAAGCUCCUGCUGAUACACAUGUUCCGAUCAAGGGAUAUAAUAAUUCAUCACCUGAAUCUGCUGUAGAGCCAAGAUUAUCCAUGCCUUCGCUCUAUCCAUCAUACUUUCCAUAUAGUGCUCAGCAUUCUGUCUUAUCAGGUAUCCAACAAGUCCUAGAAGAAUGCUGUUUUGAUUUUACAAAGAAAUGGUUACCCUGUGAAGUCAAAAACCACGAAUGGGAUUGUGCCGCAGCUAUGGAGCUCACCGAGUGGACGAAGUUUCUAGCGAGGUGGUCACCACAACUUCCCUAUGAGUCUUUGCAAUUGAGGGGCUCACAGUUAGACAAACUCCUAGCUACAAUUCGUCAAAUUCGACAUAUAGCAGUUCACCGGCUACCAAUUACAGCAAGGGACGUCAGUUCGCUAGUCCUCGCAGCCAAGAGACUGACAGAAGUUUUGCAAGAUAUUUUACGCAUGUCACAGUUGGAAGACCUCUACUUCGACAUAAAAAACAAGAUCCAGGCAAUGGAGCUGAACAAAAACACCCUUGAAGUUAAUUACGCUCAUGAGUUUAGAGCCAUACAUCUCCAACAAGAAAAAUUAGACAAGAAGGAGCAACUCAGAGCCAGUAUCAUCAGCAGCGACAAAGAGAACAAAAUCCACAUGGGUCUUCUGGUUAAGGAAUCAAUCGGAAGGAUAUUUAACGACAAAAAGGGGCCUUGA